UUUUUUUUUUAUUUUAUUAUGUAAUUUAAUCGGAAUGGUUCCAUAUAGUUUUACUGUAACUAGUCAUUUAAUUAUUACUUUUACUUUAGCAUUAACUAUUUAUGUAGGUUUUAAUAUAAUUGGUAUCAAAAAACAUAAAUUAAAUUUCUUAAAUUUAUUAUUACCAAGCGGUGCAAGUAUCGCAUUAGUUCCUAUUUUAGUACCUAUUGAAUUAGUUUCAUAUAUUUUCCGUGUUAUUAGUUUACCUGUACGAUUAUUUGCAAAUAUGAUGGCUGGACAUACUUUAUUAAAAGUAAUUGCAGGAUUUGCUUGGACUAUGUUAAAUGUAAAUAGUUUUAUUUUUAUGGCACAUUUUAUUCCUUUAAUAAUUAUUGUUUUAUUAGUUGGUUUAGAAAUUGCAGUAGCUUUAAUUCAAGCUUAUGUUUUUACUAUUUUAACAUGUAUGUAUAUUAAUGAUGCAUUAAAUUUACACUAAUAAAUAUUAAAAUAUAAUAUUAUAUGGAAAAGUAGCUCAGUUGGUUAGAGUGGUAGCUUGUCACGCUAUAUGUCGCGGGUUCAAGUCCCGUUUUUUCCGUUUAAUUAUAUUAUAUUUUAAAAAAUUUCUAUAAAUAUGUUAUUAAAUUAUUCAAAUAUUUUUAUAUUUUUAAUAUUAAGUUUAUUUUUAUCCAUUUUAAUUUUCAUUUUAUCUUUUGGAUUAAUUAAACAAAAAGAUGAUUUAGAAAAGUUAACAGCUUAUGAAUGUGGAUUUAAUCCUUAUGAUGAUGCUCGAAAAGUUUUUGAUGUAAAAUUUUAUUUAGUAGCUAUUCUUUUUAUUAUUUUUGAUUUAGAAGCUGUCUUUGUUUUUCCUUGGGUUUUAACUUUAAGUUCAAAUUUUUCAUGGGGAUUUUGGACUAUGAUUGAAUUUUUAGUUGAAUUAGUUAUAGGUUUUAUUUAUAUUUGGUGUAGUGAUGCUUUAGAAUGGUAAAAUUUUAAAAAUAUAAAUAGAAGUUAUUGUUAUUUUUUAAUAAAUUCAAAUUAUUGAAUUUAUUAAAUCUCCUUAAUAUAAAAAAUAUUUGAUUUUUU